UAUACCCGGGGUUUUUAAAGUCAAGGGCGUCGCUAGUUUUGUAGUCGCCUGAAGGAGUUAAGUCGUAGAUGUAGAAGGUUUACUUGGUUAGUACAUGCUCUAUUUGCAUAUCGCAUAUAUUAGAAGGCAUUUUUUACAUUUUGAACCUGUUUGUUUGAAAAUCCCCAAAAACAUGUGUUAAUCUACUUCAUCAGUCUAAUUUAUUCGUUUAUGUUGAAAUGAUAUGGAAAAAUGUUGUAACUUAUAACCACCCACAAAAUUCAGAUUGAAAAAGUCAGUCGAAGUCGAAAUGAGUACUCAUAUCUAUGAGUACUGGAAGCUACGGAACUCAACCACACCAUAACUGUGAGACAAAUGUAUCCCUUAUACUCAGGAAACAAUCAAAUAUAAGCAGUUAUAAUGUUCACUUGGAUAAGAUUAUUCUAGUAGCCAUAGUGCUCAUUAAAUAAUAAUGAAUUAUUUGCACUAUACGUUGACAUGGAGACGUGGACAAAAACGGACCAAUUUUUUCACACUAACCUGCCACGAAAAUACUGAGUAUUCUGGAUAUAUAUAUGACGUAUCAGUGUAUUUUGCUUCAUAAUAUAAGGCAUUGUGUAGUUCAGAACAGGUAGUUUAAAGAAAAGAUUAGUUCUAGCGUUGGCAGUUCGUGUCACUUUCAUCCGAUUCCGAAUUGUCACAAUAAUCAUGUUGCUUUUCAUAAAAGUUUAUUUGCAAGGUCAGCAGUCUUAUCGCUUUGCAAUGGUUUUUGAAUACUUAAUCUAUAGUCUGCAGUAGCAAAAACAGUUGGUUUGUUCACCUGAUCUAACUUCUGUAGCAAAUAUCGAAGACUACUCCUAUUCCCGGGAUAAGAUAAAGACCUGUUUACUACAAGAAUACAGUCUGAAAUUGACUUUAGAUCGAAUCUUUGUUCCUUUCGUCAUUACUUAGACGCAGGGUAUUAAGGUAAGGCGGUAAAUCAGUUGAUGAGUUUGUAAAUCCUCAUCGACUGAGAUGGUUGGGUCACAUGUUACACAUGGCUGAACACCUAUUACCGCAACGCGCAAUGCUGACUGGUGUUGGAGAGUUAGGGGCGGCCAAACCAAAAUGUUGCAUCAGUCCAUAAAGUCACCAACUUUUGGUGUGAUUCAUGUUGGUAGAUGCAGACUACUUGGUUGGGGUCUGUGUGACUAUCGUAACCAAUGUUUGGAAACUCUGUGUGACAUGGCUCAGAAUCGAUCACAAUGACGUAGGUGUAUAUGUUAUUUGUCUUCCCUUAAACCGUAAGAUUAAAUUUGCUUCAUAUCUUUCUACCUGAAGCAAAUAUGCUUCCGUCUAGCAACCAAAGGACGGGUUUACUGUGCAGCAGUUCGCUCCGUCCUACUUUAUGGCAGUGAAACAUGGCCAAUAAGAGUAGAGGAUAUUCGUAGGCUACUAGUGUUCGAUCAUAGGUGUCUUCGAAGCAUUGCUCGUAUAUCCUGGGACCACCGGGUAAGUAAUGCAGUUGUUAGGAAACGAGUACUAGGUAGUGAUGGCAAAUCGAUUGAUGAAGUAGUGAAACUUCAUCAGUUGAGAUGGCUGGGACAUGUGUUACGUAUGCCCAACCACCGACUGCCCCGACGUGCAAUGUUUCAUGGUGUAGGAGUAGGUUGGAAGAAAGCUAGGGGAGGCCAGACCAAAACGUGGGACAAAUCAAUGAAGUCACUGACAAGUGGACUGGGCCAUGUUGGUAGGUGUAGACUACCUGGUUGGGAUUCGCGAGAUGACAGCAACCGAUGGUUAGAGACCUUGAAUGACAUGGCUCAAAAUCGUUUGCAAUGGCGAAGGUGCAUCCACUCUUUGUGUUCGACCAAAUUCUAAUCUUCUAAAUUCCUCAUGUCUUUAUCUUUUUCUCUUUCCAAAUUUAUUUCACUGUACUAUACUCCUUCAAUAAUUUCUUCAAACCCUAAUCUUUUGGAUUUCUGAUUAUACUCCUACUACUUCUACCACUAUGGGAUUUGAAUCGACAACUGCAUCUCUGUGCUAAUGUAGUAUGGCAACUCGAACUGAUGUACGUACGUACGAAGUUCUACGUUGUGACUGACUUUCUGCAUACUAAUUCUUCAUGUACUUUAUCUUCAUACACAAUCUUUCUUUUAUACAUUACUACCAUUGAAGUAACUACCAUGAAUUUCGUGUUUAUCUUGUUGUGCUAAUGAUGUGUGACAAACUGAACCGAUGCAUAUAUGUGCCUGGCCCUACGUUGUAGUUGAUUGAUUGGAACGUUGAUCGCUAGGUUUCGCAAUUUUGAUUAGAAGAAACUAGUGGUCUAUUCCACUUCUCACAUAUCACUUUUGUUUAUAUUUCAAGAUUGAUUUGGGUGUUAUAUCUUGUCAUCUGUAUGAAGUUUUUUUCUCUGGGUUUCACAGAAAUUAAUAAUCCUGGUGUAAUCAUUUAAUACGGAAACUGUGCUCCUUGUAUCAACUGCUGACUUAUUCGAAGUCGCUACGCAAAUAAGCUGUAUCAAAUCAUCCAGCAAAUACUUGCUUUAAAAACUAUUCUUAUUACUCUAUAUGGGAGGUGGUGGUGUCAACUCAGCUCUCUCAUCCCAUAAAUUCUAUGUUCAAAUCUAACAUCAUCUACUGAUUAGACAAAUCAAUGUUAUUGUUGGACCUCAUACAAACAAUACUCAGAGCAGAUUACAUAUACCUAAAUUAUGUUAUUAUACCUCAAAUGAAACAAAGUUUAGAAGUUUGUAAUAGGUAACAUCAACCCAUCUCUAACUAAACAAAUAGGAUUUGCUUUUCAGCACAAAUUACUGAAGUUACCCAACUAUUUAUUUUUCGUAUACUAAAGACUUCAAUCAAUGAUUCUAUAAUUAGGUCAAACUAACAACUGAUUUUUGUAAUAUUUUUAGUAUCCACAACAGGAAAUUCUCUCUUAUAUCUAAAAAAAUAUAUGUUAGGUUUUUUGCUGCAUUUUGCUAAGGUGUGCCUAUAAUGCACCAAUAUACUACCAUAUUUACAAAUAGUUGUUAACAACUUCAUACUUAAAAGAUAUUGUCUAUCGACAUGUGAUCAGUUAACUUUUAUUUUUUAGUUAGAUCUGAUUUAUUUGUCUGACUAUUCAUUUAAAAUUACUAAACUGAUAUGGAUCCCGAGAAGUUUUUGAAUUUCCAAAUGCAAAUGCGUGAAAAUAAUUUAGAAGUAGAAAGUUUCUUAAAUGAUUUUGAAGCAUGGAAACAAACAGUUGAAUCAAAAAGCAAACAGUUGGAGAGCACAUCUCAACCGGAGUUGCCGGCUAUUCGUAAUAGUCUAUUGAAAAAGCAUAAAAAGAAAGCAGUUAAACAAAAUGUUAACAAUAAAAAGGUUGAACGAAUCAAAUCUAAUGAUUAUCGUGCUUGGGAUAAGUUUGUUGCUAAUGAGGCUUUAGAUGAUGAUAAACAUAAUGAUCAUCGUGAAGUUGAUGAAAACUCCAUUUCUCUUAAUGACCAAGAUUGCAGUAGUGAAACAGAUGAAGAACAAGAAGAUCAGAGAAGAAUUCAGUUAUCUAAAGAUGCUCGUGAAUUAGGCAAUGUUCGUUUUAAAGAAGGUAAACUAAAUGAAGCUAUCGAGCAUUACACUAUGGCCAUACGACUUUCACCUGAAGAUCCCAUCCCAUACAUAAAUCGUGCAUUUGCUUAUAUUAAAACAGAACGUUAUGCAUCAGCUGAAGCCGAUUGCACAGCUGCUUUAAGACUAGACAGAACUUCUGUUAAAGCAUUUUAUCGGAGAGCACUUGCCCGAAAAGGUCUGGGUCAUAUUACUGGAGCAAUUGAAGAUUUAAAGGAAUUGCUUAGAUUCGAUCCAGAUAAUAAAACUGCCACAAAUGAGCUCGAAGCUUUAGUCGGUAAAAAGGAAGUCGCAUACAUAUCUAAAUCUCCCGUGUCUUGUAGUUCAAUCCAGUCGAGUAAUCCAAGAAAAAUGAGACGAAUACCAAUAAUUGAAGUUGAUAGUGAUAAUCAUAAUAAAAAUAUACUGAGUACACCUGUACAGAAUAUUACAAAAUCUCUUUGUACUGAUGAUAAUAGUUCCGUCUCAAAUAACAGGUAUUCUAUUUUGAAUAAAGAUGAAUCAAAAAAUGAGAAUGUUUCGCAUUCAACUCCAAAGAUAUCAGAUAGUUUGAAAUCUCGAAAUAUAUCCUCCAGUACGUCAACGCCAAUAGUGUCUAUUAAUGAAACGAUUAACUGUAAAAGUGAUCAUAAUUUUAAACGACAACCACCAUUGUUAAAUACAACCUUACAUAAACCACCAUCAAAUUGGUUUCAAUUAGAACGCGAACUACGUGAAUUAUGUCAGAGAAAUUCUUCAUCGAACUACCGACCAAAUCUUAGCAAAGAAGCAAUCAUUUAUUUGUGUAAUAUUCAACCAGUUGAUUAUGUGAAAUUAUUCGGUGAAAAUAUGGACAGUGAUUUCUUAUUACGUAUGCUGCAAGCAUUUUAUCUAUCAGAUCAAUUAACAAAUCAACACAUUGUAGAUCGUUUAUUAUUUUUAUCAAAAUUGCCAAGAUUUGAUAUUGCUUGGAUGAUGAUUGAUGGAUUAGAACGUGUAAAUAUAAUUAAAUUUAUUAAGAAUUUACAAAAUGAUACUUCACUUAAUAAAGAAUUACUCAAGCAAAUUUAUGUACAGUAUGAAUGUGAAUAAAUCCCUAAUGUGGAAUAAGAAAAAAUAUUUUUGGAAGUCAUAUUCUCAUUGUGUAAUCGUUGACUAACGGUAAUAGAAUAGCUUCUCAUUCGUUAUAUUUUAUUUCAAGUUAUCUGUUUUGAGUACUGGAUUAAAUUUCAAAAUGUAACAUCUGACAUGAAGAAACCGAAAAGUGUACUUAUUUAAAAGUCUUGUAUUGGAGUUAUCUAUGGUACCUUCAUUUCCAAAGGUUCGUCAGCAAUGAACUCGAUUUAUAAAUUAUAUAGUUCCCUCAUAAUAUUUCUACCUAUAUUGUAGUAGCUUAGCUUUGUUAAUUAAUCACCUUGAUAACCGUUAUUGUAUAAAUCCCAGCGGUGUUUGAAAUCAGAAGGCAAUAAGAAGUGGCGACUGCAGUUUAUUAACGGAUAGCACACAUAACAAAGAUACAAGCACACAGAGCGGAUUUCGAGCAGAGAGACUAAUAUUUAUGCGCGAGCGAAUACAAAGUCAAAUUGCAUAAGGGCCCAGCAGGGCAAAGGCUAUUAAUAGGAUUCGAGUACAUAUAUAUACAUGGGAAAGAGAAUGACUCAUCGAGC